GGAGGGGAGCCGCUGUGAAAGGGUAGCAGGAUCGAGGCGAGUGCGAUUUGGUGAACGGAGAAACGAGAGGAGGGGGAAAGCUUUACCAGCUUUCUGUCACUAAGAAGAUCCUGAAAAAGGAGCAUGGAUGUUGACUUUACGCUUUGCUGAAUGCUCUUGAUUCAGCUGGAGUCUGGAAGUCUCACACCAUGGAAGAAGGAGGCCGUGCACAGACAGAAGAGGAGGACGCGUCGGGGUCCGAGGAGGGCGCGCUGCAGGUCUCGCACGGCAGCGGUGCGUGCAAGUGGUUCAAUGUGCGCAUGGGAUUCGGGUUCCUGUCAAUGACGACCAGAGAUGGGACGCCCCUGGACGAGCCUGUUGAUGUUUUUGUUCACCAGAGCAAACUACACAUGGAGGGCUUCCGCAGUCUGAAGGAGGGAGAGGCCGUGGAGUUCAGCUUCAAGAAGUCCUCCAAAGGCCUGGAGUCUCUCCAGGUCAGCGGCCCAAACGGGGGCCCCUGCCUGGGCAGCGACCGGAGACCCAAGGGGGCCCAGAAACGACGAUCCAGAGGAGAGCGAUGCUACAACUGUGGAGAACCGGACCACCACGCCAAAGAAUGCCAGCUGCCGCCGCAGCCCAAAAAGUGCCAUUUCUGUCAGAGCUUCGCUCACAUGGUGGCCAGCUGUCCGCUCAGAGCCCAGCCGGCUCUGGCCGGCCCUCAGGGGGCGGGGGCCCCUCAGAGUGGAGCACCUGCCCAGGAGGAACCACCGGGACAGGAGCCCAACAUGGAGGGCUACGACUGAGGGCCCGGCAGGGGACUGGUCAGGGGGCUGGUC